GUGUGACGUCACGGUGUUGUUGUUAUGGUGCUGAAAGGGAGGCAAGAUGGCGGCGCGCUGGAGCAGCGAGAAUGUGGUGGUGGAGUUCAGAGAUUCACAGGCUACUGCGAUGUCAGUGGAUUGCCUUGGCCGCCAUGCUGUGCUGUCUGGGCGGCGGUUCCUGUACAUCGUGAACCUGGACACCCCCUCCGAGGCCCCGCGCAAGAUUGGCCGCCAGAGCAAGUGGGACGUGGGGACGGUGCAGUGGAACCCCCACGAGUCGGGGGCCUACUUCUUUGCCGCCUCGAGUAACCAGCGGGUGGACCUGUACAAGUGGCGCGAUGGCGCUGGGGAGAUCCACACCUCGCUGCAGGGACACACGCGCGUCAUCAGUGACCUGGACUGGUCGUGGUUUGAUCCCGAGCUCCUCGUGACCAGUUCUGUGGACACCUACAUUUACAUCUGGGACACCAGAGACACUCGAAAGCCAACAGUGGCCCUUUCUGCCGUCGCGGGGGCGUCCCAGGUGAAGUGGAACAAGCGGAACCAGUACCUCCUGGCCUCCAGUCACGAUGGAGACGUCCGCAUCUGGGACAAGAGGAAACCCAGCACAGCAGUGGAGUACGUGGCUGCCCACCUGUCGAAGAUACAUGGCCUGGACUGGCACCCUGACAACGAGUUCAUCCUGGCCACCUCCAGCCAGGACAAUUCCGUGCGGUUCUGGGAUUACAGACAGCCUCGCAAAUACCUCAACAUCCUGUCCUGCCAGGUGCCAGUGUGGAAGGCCAGGUACACGCCCUUCUCCAGCGGGCUGGUGACGGUGAUGGUGCCGCAGCUGCGCCGGGAGAACAGCCUGCUGCUCUGGAGCGCCCUGGACCUCAACGCCCCCGUCCACGCUUUCGUGGGCCACGACGACGUCGUCCUGGAGUUCCAGUGGCGCCGGCAGAAGGAGGGCUCCAAGGACUAUCAGCUCGUGACCUGGUCCAGGGAUCAGACUCUGAGAAUAUGGCGUGUAGAUCCACAGCUUCAGAGGCUCUGUGUCAAUGACAUCGCGGAGGGGGUGGAGGAGCUGAUGGAGGGCAUGACGCUGCUUCCAGAAUCGGACAAGGCCCUUCACCCACAAGACUCUGAGCCCCAGCACACCUCCGGCCACACCACUGAAGAUGAGGAAGACCAGCCGGACGGCCUCCAGUCCAGCGUCACGCCCGCCAGUGCUGGUAAGCAGGACCAGCUGGGUCUGCCCCAGACGCUGCAGCAGGAGUUCUCGCUGGUCAACCUGCAGAUCCGCAACGUCAACGUGGAGAUGGACGCCGUGAACCGGAGCUGCUGCGUGUCGGCUCACUGUGGCAGCCACCAGGUGCGCGUGGUGGUGAAGUUCCCGGCGCAGUACCCCAACAACGCCGCCCCCUCCUUUCAGUUCGUCAGCCCCACCACCAUCCCGUCCUCCAUGAAGACCAGAAUCCAGAAGAUCCUGACAGACACUUCCCUGCAGAAGGUGAAGAGGAAUCAGAACUGCCUGGAGCCAUGUGUCAGGCAGCUGGUGUCCUGCUUAGAGUCUUGUGUGACUCAAGAGGAGAGCAGCUCCGGGAAUCACUAUGUCCUGUCUAACUCUGUGAAUCCCACCCUUCCCACUUUCCCCCGCGUUACCAACACCUACGGCUCUUACCAGGACGCCAACAUUCCCUUCCCACGCACCUCUGGGGCGCGGUUCUGUGGGGCAGGUUGCCUGGUGUAUUUCACAAGGCCUAUUACCAUGCACUCCUCUGUGUCGCCCACUGAACCCACGCCCAGGUCCCUGUCGGCUCUCUCAGCCUAUCACAGCGGGGUGGUGACCCCCAUGAAGAUGCGGAGCGAGACCCAGAGUGCUCUGCGCCUGUACAGCGGCAGCCCCACGCGCAGCGAGAAGGAGCAAGUCUCCAUCAGCUCCUUCUACUACAAGGAGCGGAAGCCUCCAUACUCUGGCUCUCGCCGCUGGUCCAUUCAGUUCAUUCUCGACUGCCCGAAAUCCCGGCGCUGGAAGGGGAAACGUGAGGGAACGGACACCACGAACCGCCAGAUCAAGCUGGCAGGCAAAGUCAUCAUCCAGGAGAUCUCGUGCCUGCUGCCCGUGCACAAGACCCUGGGAGAGAUGUAUAUCCUGAACGUGAACGACAUCCAAGAGACGUGUCAGAGGAACGCAGCAGCCGCUCUGGUCGUGGGCCGACGGGACCUGGCCAAGGUGUGGGCCCUGGCUGCAGCGGCCACUGGCUGCGAGCUCAGUCCCAACGCGGACCCGGAUGCGGGCACUCCCUGGGCUCGACACCCCUUUGGGCGCCACCUGCUGGAGACACUGCUGGCUCACUACAGUAAGAUGCACGAUAUCCAGACGCUAGCCAUGCUGUGCAGUGUGUUUGAGGCGCAGUGCAGCCCUCAGGACUACUACACUCUCUUUGGACACCUGCCUUACCGCUCCUCCAUCUUCACGCCCCAUCACUCCCGCUUUCCCAGCUACACCUCCUCUGGCUCCUGCUCCAGCACCUCGGACUCUGGCAUCAACAUCGUAGGCAGAGACUCCGAGCAUACCGCCCCCUGGGGGGAGUCCUCCCCUGAUGACUUUCGCUAUGGAAACCAGGGGUACACAGAUCCCCGAGAACGGGAGAGGGACCAACAUGACAAGAACAAACGGCUCCUGGACCCAGCCAACGUCCUGCAGUUCGAUGACUUUAAGAAGUGCUACGGGGAGAUCUUGUACCGCUGGGGUCUCCGGGAGAAGCGCGCAGAGGUCCUCAAGUUCACCUCCUGUCCCCCAGAGCCACACAAGGGGAUUGAGUUCGGGGUGUACUGCUGCCACUGCCGCAGCGAGGUGAGGGGGACGCAGUGCGCCGUGUGCAAGCGCCUCACCUUCCAGUGCGCCAUCUGCCACGUGGCCGUCCGCGGCUCCUCCAACUUCUGCCUGAGCUGUGGCCACGGCGGGCACACCAGCCACAUGAUGGAGUGGUUCCGCACCCAGGAGGUGUGUCCGACGGGCUGCGGCUGCCACUGCCUCCUGCAGAGCACCUUCUGAGCCCGGAGAGGCCUCAUCGCCGCGAUCGACCGGCAGGCGUGCCGGCAGAGGUCUUGUUGGGGUUUUUUCCGGGCUGUGUAAGGCUGUGUCGUUUUUGGCUCGUUGAUGAGUCGCCGGCAUGUAACUUAAAAAAAGAAGUUCGCUUCAAGCGUGACGGGCUGCUUGGAGGCGGAUUUUGUCUUUGGUUCUACAAAUAUUUCGCUACUGGCGGAAAAAAAGGAUCAAAUCUUGAAUGACAGGAGUAUUUUCUGUACCUUUCUUGAGAAUGUGCAAUGUGAUUUUUUUUUACCUGUAAUAUUAAGCUCAUUGCAAGAUUACCCAGAAAUGGCCUGAUCAUGAUCUGCAGUUUGCCACUGAGAGCUGUACUGCUCGAGACCUCGAGCUGAGGCAAGGGGCAUAAGGCAUGGCCAUCAUUCAUGAAUUAAGGUAAUGAAGUGCAUUGGUUUGGAUAUUCCAAAUUACUUUCAAGACAGUAGAGAGAAUUAAAGCUUUUUUGUUACUAACUUUUCCAUCACAAAAGGGCUUGAUAUCCCAGAUGUUUCUGGUUUCAGUGUAGGCUGUGUGCUCAGCUGUGACCAGGACUCCUGGAGUGCACAUGGAGAACUGGCUCAGCUCCUCUGGGACGUCCUGGGAUUUCAUCCACUCCCAGGGGUUGGUGCAGCAGCAGACCAGCCAGGCACCUGCAGAGGCACCGUGACAUCAGUGGGGCCUCCAGCACUAGAGCUCCUGUGAGGCUCAGGGAGCCUGCAGUGUCGGAGCCGCGGUGUCCUGAGUGGUCAUUGUGCUCAGAUCUUGGAAAGAUUGUAGCAUAAAGCCAAUUCGCAAGGGAUGGGCAAAGUAGAAGUAGGAAGAUUAUUAGAAAUAGAAAAUAAUCGAAGAUUCCAAACUAACACUUUUUUUUCCUAGUGCGUUUGUCAGGCUUUCCGGCACAUUUCCAAAAGUGCUCCGAGUAUAGUGCUUUCCAGGCUCUGGUCAGGUAUUCCGGCAGCUGCUGCUGUCUAACUCUGCUGUUGACCCGUGAGUUUGGCCCCUGAGUGACCCGGGGGCUUGGGCAUGGCCAGGCUGCGUUCUGCAGCACACUCUCUUUCUCUUUUUUCCCUGCUUAGCAUCGACACCGUUUUUUAGAAAAACAGUAUUUUGGGUCACUGCCCUGUUAUAAGUUUUCUUCAUGAACAGCUUUGAUGUGAACCAUUUUUGCCAGUACUGUAUGGAUCAAAAACUUUGCACAACGGUUGGAGAUCAUUGUGCUCUAACAGAGCAGACUGGGAUAUUACAUGUAGACAUUCAUCUGUCUGAAAGACAGGAUAAGGACCAGCUUUUUUGCUGUGGGAUUUGCGGGCUGUUGGGAGGGUGAUUAUAGGAGAGCAGGAUAUGACGCAGUCAAGACUGCACUGUGUAAUGAGUUUGCUUGAGGUUCUAAACGCUCUCUUUAGGGAGCAGUUUCAGUUAAGAGGCUUUAAACAGGAUCUGAUUGUGAUAAAAGGGAAGGAAAUUUUUACAGGGUCACCCUUGUACAGGUGAACUUUUGUUUUUUUUGUAAACCCAACCCAGCUUGUACAGACACAAAAAUGUAUAUAUACCAAGAUGU